CACACAGAAGCAGCGCAGAAUGGGGAAACUCUACCAGGUCGUUGUUCAUGGUUUAAGGGGGGAGAAGAUGGUGAUUGACCUGUGCAACACAGAGGAGCAGAUGCAGAGCAUGACAGUGCUGCAGCUGAAGGAAAAGAUAGCAGAGAGGCUUCCCGGGAGCACAGGAGAGAGUUUGGACACUCUGCGGCUGAUCUUCACAAACAAGAGCCUGGAGGGAGACUCCAAACUGUUGUCUGAAUAUGGGAUCCAGCACAAGUCCGUCAUCCAGAUGGUGAUAAGGGUUCCUGGAGGACUGGCAGCUUGAUGGAGGCAGAGAGACCAUCACCAUCUUCAUCUCCUAGUGUUCUUCCAACUCCUCGUCCUUCUGCUGGCUGUUGUUUUAUGUCAUAUAUUUGUUUACAGAUUUUUAAA